GAGCUGGUGUCAGAAAAAUCAGUCAGCUUUUGUAGCUCACAGUGUAAGAUGAAAUUAAGUUGAAAAAUCUUAAAUUAAAGGUGAGUGUCCUCUAAAACAUGCCUCACCCUUUUUAAACCUGCAUCAGACUUGCAAGUCUGUGUGUGAAAAGGGGAUUUAAAUAUCACUUUGAAAAUUAAUCAUCAGCUAGUUACAUAAUUUAUUAAUUAUUUUUUGUCAUUUUUCAAGCAGAAAAAGGUAAAUUGCUGGUUCUGGCCUCUUAGUGUAAGGAUUUAAAGCUUUGCUUUGUUAUAUCUGUUGGUUUUGGACUGUUUGUUGAAUACAAAGGGAUAUUUGAAAACAUCUCUUUGUGCUAACCAAUUUUCCACUAUUCUCUGACAUUUUAUAGCCCAAUCAAGAAAAUAAUCAAUAGAUUAAUCAAUAAUGAAAUCAAUCAUUAGUUGCAACCCUACAUAUUUUUCAAUAUAGGCCACUGUUUUCUUUCAUUAUCUAGGCUAAGCGUGGCAUUUUAUAGUGCAAUACAAAUAAGUUAAACAAUAUACAGUUUGUCCCUGUAUUAGUUAACUAUAACUUCAGGAUGACAUGUUGAUCUAACCUUGACGGCCAGUUAAUCGUCAAUUUAAAAAGAGAAAAGAGCGGCCUAGACUAGAGGGCAAAACAAAGGAGGAGGUGGAUGCAGCACAUACAUGACACACAUUCCCACACUAGCUGUCCCUCUUCUAUGUCGUCCUGUAGAUCUUUACAUCAGUACCAACCGGCCAGAGAGCAGCUCAGAUCCCUGAACAAAACCUCUCUGUGUCAGUAUGCAGCUGCAGCUUCCGAGAUGCCCUACUCGGAUGCAUGACCUAGUGUUGAGGGGCUGUGGACUUCAGCCUCAAAAUAGGGGGGUCAAGUUUUUUAAGACAUUGAUCUGAGUUACCUUUAGUGUAGCAUUUUAACCACACUCCAAGUAUUUGUGCAUUUAUUUCAAGCAGUUGUUUGUCUUUACUGGCUUCAGUCCAACGAUAUAGCAGGCAGGUCUUGUACACAGUGUUUGUCAUCCCCUCGGUGCCCCCCUCCCCUUUCACUGCUUGGACUGCUCCAUUUCGCAUCUGAAAAUAUCUGAUAGUUGGAGAAGAGUUCUUCAUGUCAGGGACUGCUGUAGCCUCAGCACAAAGAGUACUGUAGCUCCUGGAUCACAUAAGUUAAGCAAAUGGACGAGAAAGAGUUGAGUGAUCCCCUGAAUAAUGUAUCACUGAUUAAAGAUGAUCUGACAAGGUCAAACAUGGGGUCCUCUGGUGACUCAGAAAAAAUUAUCCAGCGUUUGAAUGAUGAACUUCGAGAAGCCCAGGACGUAGCUAAUACUGAGAAACACAAAUGCAUGGAACUACAAGGUAUCCUGGAGGAAGAGAGAAAAGAAAAUAAACAACAAGCUGAUGAAUCUGCAAAACAGAUAAAGCUUCUUCAAGGCCAGCUGCGGCAGCUCCAAGAUGAAAUGGGCAUUCUCAGAGGGCAGAUAGAUGUUUCCUCCAGUUCACGCGACGAGCUACAAAGUGCACGUGAUGAAGUGAAGUCACUGAAACGUGCCCUGGAGUCAGCCACUGCUGAGCGGGACCGUGAUGUCUCUGCUAUCCAGACUAACCUGGCAACCGUCUCGACGGAUCUGGACAAGUGGCGUCAGACUGCCAACAAAUACGAGCAUGAGAUUGACAACCUACAGCGUGACCUUCAGCAGCAGAGCAAGCAGUGGCAAAAAACUGCAGAGAUACAAGCUAGUGAGCUGCAGUCCAUGCAGGUGGAGUGUAAUGGCCUUCAGAAGGAAUGUUCUGUCCUGCGAUCUGAGAAACAGGACAUUGUGAAUAAGCACCAGAAGGAAAGGAGCAGUCUGCAAAGUGAAUGUGCUUCCCUCAGGGCUGAGAAGGAGGAACUCCUCAAGACUUACCAGAAAGACAAGGGCAACCUGCAGAGUGAAUGUGCAGCACUGCGCUCUGAGAAAGAGGCAGUGCUGCAGAAGCAGCAGCAGCUGGAGAAGGACCUUUCCAGUUCACGUGCCCAGAAUGCUGAACUGAGCAACAGCCUCAAAGCCCUAGAGAGAUCCCAGCAGGAGCUGGAGAAGAGGCUCGCAUCCCUGCAGCUCCAGCACCAGCAGGAUAGCACCAAGUUGCAAACCCAACUGGAUGAGGCAGACAGUCGCAGCAAGGCUCUGCAGAGAGAGUAUGAGGAGGCUAAGACAGAGCUGUCAGACCUAAAGGAAAAGUAUGAGAAGACUGAGCAGGAGAAACAGUUGCUCACAGAUGAACUUGAGGGAUGCAAAGCCAACAUGAAGGAAUUACAGGAGAAAGGAACAAAGACAUCCCUAUUGCUGCCUGUUCAAGCCAUAGUCAUCGGCCUUAUCCUGGCUUUGCUGUAUUGGUGCUUCGGCGCAUUGUGGUAGUAAGAAACCGUGGAUGAUCUGGGGACCUGUGGUUGCUGUGGCUCUAACAGCUGUGACUGCUGCUGUGCUCUUCAGGACCUGAGGGCAACUCAUUCAAACAAACACAAAUAAAUCCGUAUUUGUCAUCAGAUUUGUCCGCACUGAAACUGAAAAACUUGCCCCCUUAUCAUAUCUGCACUAUUAAUUAGGAGGGCUCAUACUUAACACUGUUUAGUUUUAAAGAUGCUCUAUUUUAGAUGGCAGAGAAGUUAAUAAAAGAAUGUCAGUUCUGUGUGCAAAUGAAUAUGUUUGUUUGUAUGUCUGUUCUGUGAAGCAGGGGUCAUGUCAUGUGGGUCAUUUCUUUUCGGUUGCUAUUUUGACUUAUUGUCCAUUAAUGAAUGUAAAGAUACUCUUCACACUAAAUUAAUUCUAAAUAUAUAUGAGGAUAUUUUGGGGGUUUGAACCUUCCUAAAUGUAACACAUCUCUGUAAUUGUCAGAAUAAUAAAUAUUAUCACAAUAAUGUAGCCCCUAAUCGAGUGCAAGUUGAAUGCCCUAGAUAUAUAACAAUACAUCAGUGGAUGGUUGUGGCGGGCACCGCUAAGUAGGAAUUUAUAUUGUAGUUUCUCAACAGAGCGUCAUUAACAGAAUCACAGCAACUCGCCCUGAGAGCCAUUUCCAUCACUGACAGGAUCUUGUUCAGAACUGCACUAUCCAUCUCUUGUGUGUUUGUCUUCUACUUUCCUUCGGCCUUCUGCUUUUCAUUGAAUAUGCAUGAUGAUAAAAUAUUGAAUUUAUUUAGGACACUUUUUUGUGUCUGCACUAGUUGCCAGCCUCUCAAAUUCAGUUGACAUCUCAGCAUUGCCUACUAUUUCUGAACAGAGGAGGAUAAAACGAAGAAUUUAUUACCCAACCUAACUUAUUACCCAACAUUGAAAACAUGGACAAGGUUAAGUUAGGUGCAAGAGACAAAUUAUUGAACAUGGCAAUCAAAUAUAGACUGUGCAAUAUAACACAACACUACAUUAUUUAAAUGCAUGGUAUUCUGUGAUAUUGUGUCGCAUCUUACCAGUAGCGACCACAGGAAACUGGUGUGAUACUUUAAAUGUCAUGGUUUUUGAAACUGAUAUUACACUCAUCUGAACUUGUAAACAA